AUGGAGAUGCCAGAGGUGCUGAGGUCACUUAACAUUGAAGGUAGUAAGAUUGAGAAUAUGGCCCCGCUUCAUAGGUUUAGAGUUUGCCGUGUGCUACAUUUAGAAAAAUGCCACGUCCUGAUCAGCUUAAAGCAUAUAGGGACGUUGUUGCAUCUCAAGUACUUAGAUAUAUCUUUCACGGCUGUUGAUGAGGUUCCUAAGAAACUGGGGCAUCUGAAAUCUCUACAGUCACUGGUAUUAAUCAAUAUUGGGCUAGACGAGCUACCUCCGACUGUUUGUUCGCUUACACAGCUGAUGUGCCUGGUAGCUCAGGGGUUCAAAAGGUUCCCAGCUAACAGGAUGGGGAACCUAAAAUCUCUAGAGGAGCUACGGUUAAAGACCGUAGUUGGUCGGAGUACCACGGAGGACCUUGUGGUAGAGCUUGGCAAGCUGACGAGGUUGAGGAUGGUCAGGAUGACUUUGGCCGAGGAACUAGACGAGAGCUUGCAAAAAGCUCUUGUCCGUUCUCUGUGCAAUCUGCGGGAACUCCAGGAACUAGUAGUGCUUUCUUCUUCAGGAUCACAGCAGGGUGUCACUGUGUGGGAAGACUGGGAGGCACCUAUGCAGCUCCGGCGCCUGCUUAUACCAGGCAUCCGCUUCACGCGGCUCCCUGGGUGGAUCAAUCGUUCCCGCCUGCCACGCCUCUGCUCCUUAUGUCUGGGCAUCGAGAUUGCCAGAGCUGAGCUACCUCCUGCUAGGCGGUUUCAGCUGGCCUCCAGGGUAUUGGAGUUCAGGAAUCUGAGGUUCUGUGAUGUGGAUACAACGCUCAAGUUUCCUAUGGGCGCCAUGCCAAGGCUCGAAGAGCUGUGGUUUCGCGUUUAUGCAGGGUAUUGGAGUUGGGUAGUUAAUGAUGUGCCGUUUGAGCAGUUCCCAACAAAGGAUGAAAUCGAAGAUCUUGACUUGGGCCUGGAUAACCUCCUUUCACUUGAGAAAGUCACCCUCACAGUCGACUGCUCGGGUGCUACUGCCGCAGAAGUGCUGGAGGUGGAGGCCAUGGUCACGCGUGCGGUGGAAAAUCAUCCCAACCGUCCAACUAUAAAAGUGGAUCCAGCAUGUGAACAAAAUAUGUUAUUUGACGAAGAAAGCGAGGAUCUGCUUCAGCAAAACAUUGAACUACAUUACCAUGUGCUCCGGUCGAAGGAUGAGCCUGAUGCUUUGUUCAUCGCCCACCUGCGGUCGUACCGACUUCUUCAGAAAGCCGUUAUUUCCAUCGACUGUGCGGGUGCCAGCCUGUGUGAGGUGGAGAAAGUGGAAGCAGCUUUUAGGCAUGCAGCCGAGGUUCACCGUAACCAUCCGACUAUCCAACUGAUCAGAACAAACAACGACGAAAUGGUCUCCUCAUCUGACCAUCCCGACACAGAGUCCUUCCAACCCAGCAGGUAA